GGAAGAUGCGGGGCCCCAGGGCUCCCCUAGACCCACUCUCGGCAGCCGCGCCUGGAGACCCCGGUCCUCGCGCGCAAGGGCUGUCGCAGGGUUCGCGCGGCCCCUGCCGCUACCUACCCUAUUAGAGCUCGGGGACCUGCCGCCGUCUUGCCUCCCUCCUCUUCCCGGCUGGGGCUAGGACUCUGGACCGCCCGGAGUGCGGGAAUUAGGGAGGGGGUCAGCGCAAGAGGGGGCGGACAGGGUGAGUCGCCCCCCACCAGGGGACCCUCGGGCUCAGCGACCCCCCAUGUAGACAUUAGGAGCCCCCCCUUCUCCCCGGAGCCCUCCUCCCACGCGGCUCGUGGGGGCGUCUCGACCCUGCAGGAGGGCUCCACCGGCUGAGGGAGGGAAAGCCCCCAAACAGAGGGCAGGGUGUGGCCCCCACCUCAGCCCCCCACGGACUGAGCCCUCCUGCACUGCCCGUCUCGGGGCUGAGGCCACGCUCCUGGCCCAGCGCUCUGGGCUGCCGCCUCCCCAGCCUGAGCAAGUCGCUCCCCAGCAGGCCUGCUCCCCAGUGCUAGGCCAGGUGCUGAGCACAAACUUGGUGGCCUCUGGCACAUUCCAGCCCAGGGAGAUCCUGGAGGGAGAUCCUGACAGGCUCAGCCCCGGGCUGCUCCCUGCCAACAAGCCUGUAAACAAGGUUCCCCAGCACACUCUGGGCAGCUCUGCCUCUCUGAACCUCAGUCUCCUUAUCUGUGAAAUGGGGAAUGAGAGCCCCUCCCUUGCAGCGUUGCCCGGAGGAUGGGGUGAGUGGGUGAUGCGUAGUGUGGCUUCCUGCACACCUUCUUCGAUAUUAGAGGGAAGUGACUAGGCUAGGUGUCGGAGAAGGGGCAGCGUUUCCUUCGCAAGCUCAAGGUGAGGAAGGCUUCCAACAAAUGAAUAACCACAAGACUAGCAGCUACUGACAGGCACUGAUCGAGCACUUUCAAGCCCCGUGCUUCCCUUGCCACAUCUGCUCGAAUCCUUUCAACAACCCCGUGGGGAAAUUGAGGUCUGGAGGGAGCUAGGACCAGUGAGGAUGUCCCCUCACAGCCACGGCCGCUGAGGGCAGAUGGGCAGGAAGGAAGGGCUGUCCUGGGCUGCAUCUUUACUGGAGACCCCCCCCACCCCCACUGUCAGGGUGGGGCUGUGAUUAUAGCCCAUUGCUGAGUCUGCCCUUAAUCGCCGAAGAUCUUAUUGUUAAUUAACGAAGUCAUUCAGCGAACCUCCUGCACCCAUUUCCGUGGCUUCAGAGGCACAGCAGAGAAUGUGUGACCCCACAUCCCUGCCCCCUGGGCCACCUGCAGGACGCCGGCCCCUGCCCCUCAGCAGACGCCGGAGAGAGAUGAGUAGCAACAAAGAGCAGCGCUCAGCGGUGUUCGUGGUUGUCUUCGCCCUCAUUACCAUCCUCAUCGUCUACAGCUCCAACAGUGCCCAUGAUGUCUUCCGUUACGGCUCCCCGCGGGGCCGCACCCGCAGGCCGGUCGACCUCAAGAAGUGGAGCAUCACUGAUGCGUACGUCCCGAUUCUCGGCAACAAGACACUGCCCUCCCGGUGCCACCAGUGUGUGAUUGUCACCAGCUCUAGCCACCUGCUGGGAACCAAGCUGGGCCCCGAGAUUGAACGAGCCGAGUGCACAAUCCGCAUGAACGACGCGCCCACCACGGGCUACUCAGCCGACGUAGGCAACAAGACCACCUUCCGUGUGGUAGCCCAUUCCAGCGUAUUCCGUGUGCUGCGGAGGCCCCAGGAGUUCGUCAACCGGACCCCUGAAACCGUGUUCAUCUUCUGGGGGCCCCCGAACAAGAUGCAGAAGCCCCAGGGCAGCCUUGUGCGUGUCAUCCAGCGGGCAGGCUUGGUGUUCCCCAACAUGGAGGCCUAUGCCGUCUCUCCCGGCCGCAUGCGCCAGUUUGACGACCUCUUCCGGGGUGAGACGGGCAAGGACAGGGAAAAGUCCCAUUCGUGGUUGAGCACCGGCUGGUUCACCAUGGUGAUUGCAGUAGAGUUGUGUGACCACGUGCACGUCUAUGGCAUGGUCCCCCCCGACUACUGCAGCGGCCCCGCCGCCAGCGCAUGCCCUACCACUACUAUGAGCCCAAGGGGCCAGACGAGUGCGUCACCUACAUCCAGAAUGAGCACAGCCGCAAGGGCAACCACCACCGCUUCAUCACCGAGAAGAGGGUCUUCUCCUCCUGGGCCCAGCUGUAUGGAAUCACCUUCUCCCACCCCUCCUGGACCUAGGCCACCCUGCCUGUGGACCUCUCACGGGGGCACGCCAGAGGCCACUGUCCUCCCAGCCAUUCAACCAAGGGCCAUCUCCUGGCCAAUCAAGGCUGGCCGGAGUGUCUUCGGGCCAAUCUGGGCCUUGUAUCCUCCAGCCAGUGAGGGCCUGGGGUGUCUCUUGACCAAUCAGGGAUUUGAGCUAUGUGGUUAAUCAGGGGUAUUGGAGGUAUUUCUUGUCCAGUCAGGGUCUGAGCAUAGUCAAUCAGGGUAUUUCUGAAGUUAUCUGACGCUAAGGACGUGUGCUUUUCCACAAGGCCUUGGUUCAGAGCCCCAGGAUGGACCCCCCCAUCACUCCCUGUUGGCUGGGACAAGGGGGUCCUGUCCUGCGGAGCUGGGGGCUCUGUGCUGCUCCCUCACUUCCCAGAGCCAGAAAGAGAGGUUGCAUGGGAGUGGGAGCUGUGUCUGGAGGCCAGGCCAGGGCAUUUGUCGGGUGUUUGGGGUGGGGUGGCUCCUAGAGGUGGGAGCCAGCAUCCGGGUCUUGGCUCUGCCCUGAGUGGCUUUGGACAAAACCCUUGCCCCCUCUCUGGUCGCCCUCCUGCCUGUGUCAGGUUCUCACGUGGAGUCUGAGGCCCCCACCUACUUUCCCCACUGACCUCCUUGGGUCUGUCUUCCCUAAGACUGGACCCCUCCAGCCACCACCCCUUGCUGGGGGGCUCAACUCCCUGGGAGUCUAGAGUCCCUUUCCUCACCUCCUCCUGGAAACUUAGGGUAUUUUUGCGUAAACUCCCACAGGGUUUGCGGUGGGGGGGUUGGUAUCUAAUAGGAAAGGGACAAACCUUCAGCUGUUUUCUUAGUCCCUCCACUCAGCUGCCAUUAGUUUGGCUCUUAAAGAGCCAGGCUGCCUUUUCUGCCAUCCAGCAGUGAGGCUUUCCACCUGUUGGAGUAGCCUUUGGGGCUGAGAAAGGUGAAUCCCAGCCAAACUGGGGUUUCACGCAGUCCCUUUGUCUGCAGCUGCUGGAGUCGUCCAAGGGUCUCCCCUCAGCUGGGCCUGGGAAGGCUCUCAGGGGACUAGGAGCCACGUCGCCUGGGUUCUGCCCCCUCACUCUACAUCAGGCACUUUUUUGCUGGACCUCAGUGAGGUGGGCUUGCCCCUGUUCUUCCAGAGCCUGGAAGGGAAGACUGGAGGGCUUCCUGGAGGAGGCUGUGGAGCUGGAGGGGUCAGGUGGAGGAGGAAGAGGCCAGCAGCAAGCCUUUGCACAUUGGGGUGGGGGCUGGGAGCCGGCGACUACCCCACACUUGGUUUUGUAAUGAUUUGUACAGGAAUAAAUGCACCUAAACUCUG